AUGGAUCAUGUGGAUCGGUUGUGCUCCCCCUGCAGUGGGGUGUGCUCUGUGUCUCAGCGGUUUCCUGACUCUCCAGAUCUCAUCAGAAAACUAGCACAGCAGAAGUUUGGAAAUACACAGGGCGAUUAUCAAAAGCCAGAAAAUGUUGUCCUGACUCUUCAGGCCAUCUACUAUGAAAUCGGUUUUAUAGUCUCCGCAGCCUUGGGAUUGCUAUUUAUUUUGUUACUGCCUCUUGUGGGACUUUGCUUCUGUAUGUGUCGUUGCUGUGACAACUGUGGUGGGGAAAUGCAUCAAAGACAGAAGAAAAAUGCUGACUGUCAGAGGAGCUGUUUUGCAACAUUUCUUUUUGUUGCUUCUUUAAUAAUAAGUGUUGGAGUGCUCUGUGCAUAUGCUGCCAACCAGCAUUUAACUAACCAAGUCCGAGGAGCAAAGAAACUUGUUAACAGUAAUUUUAAAGAUCUGAAAAUUUUCCUUAACGACACUCCAGCGCAAAUUGACUACUUAGUGAGCCAGUACAAUACAACUAAGAAUAAAGCACUCUCUGACCUAAAUAAUGUUGGUCCUUUGCUUGGAAGCAGAGUUCAAGAUCAGUUGGCAAAAGAAGUGCGUCCUGCACUUGAUGCAGCUCUGACAAUGGCAGGAGCCAUCAGAGAAACAAAGGAAGCUCUGGAAAACGUGAGCGUGUCUGUAGAGGUUUUGCAGGAGGGAACGGAAAGGCUUCAUGCGAACUUGACAGAUGUUAAAAUGCAUCUAAGCAACACCCUCAGUGAUUCUGCUUGCACUGCAGCUCAGGCUGCCUCAACUUGCAAUAUCAUCAGGAAUUCAUUAAAUCAACUGAACAUAAAUGCCAAUUUUAGUGGGUUGCCAGGAGUGAGCUCGCAGCUUGCCAAGGUCAACGACGUGCUUAGAAUAGACCUUUCUAGUCUGGUUCAAAAGGGUUAUGCAGCAUUUAAUGAUACUCCAGACUUAGUGGUGAAUCAAACCAGGAACAUUUUGUCAGCUGUUCCUUAUAUCAAAAGUGUGCUGGAAUCCAUUGGUUCGAAUAUCACCAACUUCACAAAAACACUCCCCGUUCAGAAGAUUUUAGCAGAUUUGAUGGUUUAUCUUACACAGAGUGAAGCAUAUGUUCAAGAUUAUUUUCCAGUAGUGGAACAGUAUGAUUUCUACAGGUGGCUGGGUUGUCUCAUUCUGUGCUGCAUGUUGGUCCUGAUUCUGGUCUUUUACUAUCUUGGAUUGCUGUGUGGCACCUGCGGUUAUGACAAACAUGCUUCCCCAACAACCAGAGGCUGCAUCUCCAACACUGGAGGAAACUUUCUUAUGGCUGGUGUUGGAUUCAGUUUUCUUUUCUCCUGGGUGCUGAUGAGUGUAGUGGUGCUCACUUUCGUCACUGGUGGAAAUGUAGAAAAACUGGUCUGUGAGCCCUUUGAAGAUAAAACUUUAUUCAAGGUUUUGGAUACUCCCUACUUACUAAAUAAACACUGGAAAAACUACCUUUCUGGCAUCCUGUUUAAAAAUCCAAAUAUUAACUUGACUUUUGAAAAAGUAUACAGUGAUUGCAAGGAAAACAAAGGAAUUUAUACUUCCCUUCACCUAGAACACCUGUUCAAUAUCAAUGAAUUCUUGAAUAUUAGUAUGUAUACAGAAGAUGUAGCACUUAAAAUUGAACACAUCCAGAUAAACCUCAGCAAAAUCAUUCUGCUGGAUGAAAUUGGGAAGGAGAAUCUCCUGAAUUUCAGCUCUUCAGGAAUAGAAGGGAUAAACUUUGCCGCGUAUUUGACAGAGAUCAAUAAAAGUGUUACCAAGGUUGAUCUUCUGUCUUUUGCUAAUGACUUAGAAGCAAGAGCAGACCAGCUGCCAAAAGGAGCACUGGAAAAUGCCUUAAAAGGACACGCAAACAACAUUCGAAUGAUUCAUAACCAGCAAGUUGUUCCGCUAGAGCAAGCUAUGAGCACUUUAAAUCAGAGCAUUAGGUUGCUGAAGAGGACAUCAUCUGAACUUACGGUUAAGGUGAAAAAUGUCAUUAGCGCUGUUAAUGCUGCCCAGCAUCUCAUAAAUAACAAUGCUUCCCUAGUUAUUGUCCAGGAGACAAAAAAGUAUAUGGAUACCAUAGUUGGCUACUUUGAGCAAUAUGUUGAGUGGGUCAAGGAGUCGAUUUCCAUGGAGGUAGCAGCAUGCAAGCCUAUUGCCAAUGUGAUAGAUACAGCAGUAGAUAUUUUUUUAUGCAGCUAUGUAACUGAUUCUUUG